AUGGACCCCCCGCCGCUCUCCUCGUUGCAGGAGGAGGGGAGGAGGAGCCCACCGUCGAGGACUCGUCCGCCUUCUCCCGCCGCCGCCGUCCCGCCUCGCCCCGCCACGCACAGUCACUCGCUCCACAAGUACGCGCCGCUGGACUGGUCCGCCUACUUCGACGAGGAGCGCCGCGUAGCCAUCCCCGACACCGACGACGUUUUCAACGUGUACACGGCCGGAUCGGAGGGGCCCGUCGUGUUCUGCCUGCACGGAGGUGGCUACUCAGGGCUUUCAUUUGCUCUAACAGCAAGUCGAAUGAAGGACAAGGCUCAUGUUGUUGCCAUGGAUCUACGGGGGCAUGGGAAAUCAACAACGAUUGAUGAUCUGGAUUUGUCCAUCGAAACUCUUACCAAUGAUGUCAUAGCUGUUAUAAUGUACAAUGUAUGGAGAUUUGCCACCAGCAAUUAUACUCAAGUGGGCAUAGUGGCUGUACAUGUGGCUGCAAGAAAAGAAAUUCGAAAUCUUCAUGGGCUUGUUGUCGUUGAUGUUGUUGAGGGAACAGCAAUGGCUUCACUGGUUCAUAUGCAGAAGAUCUUAGCAAAUCGUGCACAGCAUUUUCCUAGCAUUGAAAAAGCAAUUGAGUGGAGUGUCAAAGGUGGGCCAUUAAGGAACAUCGAGUCUGCUCGUGUGUCCAUUCCAUCUACCUUGAAAUACGAUGAAUCACGAGAAUGCUAUACAUAUCGCACUCCUCUUGAGCAAACAGAAAAGUACUGGAAAGGAUGGUAUGAAGGUCUUUCAGACAAGUUCCUAUCUUGCCCAGUGCAAAAGAUCCUGUUGUUAGCUGGUACUGACAGACUAGACAGAGCUUUAACAAUUGGUCAAAUGCAAGGAAAGUUUCAAAUGGUGGUGGUUCGGCACACUGGACAUGCCAUACAGGAAGAUGUACCUGAAGAAUUCGCAUCGCACAUACUGAAUUUCAUAUCCCGCAACAGAAUAGGGCCGAACGGUGUCGAGGAGCCACAAGCGGACGGAUGUGGCAAGGGCAAGCCUAGACAGAUCUAUUGUGAAUCUGUGAGCCAGCACGAGUGGAUCUACUACGAGGGUGACAUGACGCAAGUAGGACCAGGAGACGGAGGUGAUAACCGGUAG